GAAGAACACAAGUCUUCGCGAAGACUUUUGCUCAGAGUGGGCAAAAGUCGUCGCGAUGCAUUCGUUUGUCGUGUGGAAGUUACAUUUAAUCAGUUAAAAAGCGGUUUUUUCGGUCACUCAGCAACUCACCGUGAUUGGGGGGCUAUUUUAGUCUUUUACUGAAGAAUUGCUGUAAACGACUUUCGCCGUUCCUGAAUAGAUUAUUUUUCCAAUGUUUUGACAUUUUCGGCAACAGAUUCUUCGUCUCGGUACUGGCUCGCAGUUCUAGAAACGUCGAAGUUACCUUUUUAGUGUUGGAAAAAUCAUUUUGUUUCGCGAUAAAUAGUUUUUGCAACGAAACGAUUCGAAAUUUUCUUCAAACCUAGUUCUUGCCAUAUCCGUUCAAUCUUAAUAAUGUCUGAAAGCGAUUGGGACACGGUAACAAUAUUGCGUAAAAAGGCCCCGAAGGCGUCUACAUUGAAGACCGAAACGGCGGUCAACCAGGCCCGGCGGCAAGGCAUUCCUGUGGAAACCACUCAAAAAUUCAAUGCCGGAACUAACAAGCAACAUGCUGCCACAAAAAAUACAGCAAAACUGGAUCGUGAGACGGACGAGCUCCGUCACAAGACAGUCAACGCAUCCGUAGCCAAGCUGAUUAUGCAGGGUCGCCAAGCAAAAGGUCUAAGUCAAAAGGAUCUGGCUACAAAAAUUUGUGAGAAGCCACAAAUCGUUAAUGAUUAUGAGGCUGGUCGAGGAAUUCCAAACAAUUUGAUUUUGGGGAAAAUAGAACGUGUAAUCGGAAUGAAACUACGGGGAAAAGAAAUUGGUACACCCCUUGUGCCUCCCGGUAAGAAAUAAAUGUCGGGAGGCACAAGUUCAACGAUACAAGUUUGCCGUGUAGGAAUCACUGCUGAAAUAUCUAUUACAUUGAAAUAAUAUUUCCUGUUUCUAAAGGGAUAACGGUGCGAAACUACAUUUAAUCUUUUGUUUACUCAAAUCACAAGUACAUUGUUAUCCCUCUUGAGUAACUAUAAAAAUUGGAUCCCAUACGACUAUUGUUUUCAACUGGAAUAAACUCUUCUCAAUCAAUAUAAUGAAACUUGACUUAGUACAUAAUUGAUGACCCGGUUGUAGCACAAUGGAAUGCGCUGAACGAGUAGUUCACUAGUUAUGUAGAAACGGUUGCAGCCGAACAUAAGCCUAUACUAGUAAUCAACAAGGACUUUGGUUAUUGGCAAGAAUUCCCGAUAGCGCGCCUGAACACCACAAGUUAGGUUCACGUUACCACGCAAGCCACGUCGGUUGAUUCCAGACGCAUAAGAUGCUGAAUAUGGGCUGAGAAGGUACAUGGGCUCUGAUGGAGAAGAGUUUAGAAUUAUUUCAGAUUUAAAUGUAGAUGAGCCAUGAAUACCGGUGUGUAAUUAAUAUUAACAAACCAACAAUCGAUGACAAUUUAAUGGUCAAAUCUCCGUCGCAGUGCACAGUCUAGUAAAAUUCGCGUUUCCGCUAUUUGUGUAGAAAUAUGUCAAUCUGUAGGGAAUUGAUUUAGUUGCAUUUUCUCGAGUGGUAAACCAUCGAGCAUAAUAAUCCUGCUGAAACUGACUGAAUAAAUCAUGUAGUCGCCUCUUCAA